GCAAUGAAAAUGAAAAGCAUUUAUUUUGUUGCUGGCCUCCUUUUAAUGAUAGUUCAAGGCAGCUGGCAAAAUCCUCUUCAGGAUACAGAGGAGAAAUCAAGGUCAUUCAAAGCUUCCCAUCCUGAGCCAAUAGAGGAAUCUAGACAGCUGAAUGAAGUGAAACGUCACUCACAAGGCACAUUCACCAGCGAUUACACCAAGUACCUGGACACCAGACGAGCUCAGGACUUUGUGCAAUGGUUAAUGAGCACUAAAAGAAAUGGCCAACAAGCACAGGAGGACAAAGAAAAUGACAAAGUCCCUGACCAGCUCUCAAGCAAUGCGAUCUCCAAGCGUCAUGCUGAAUUUGAGAGACAUGCUGAAGGCACCUACACCAGUGAUAUCACCUCUUAUUUGGAAGGUCAAGCUGCCAAAGAGUUCAUCGCUUGGUUAGUGAAUGGACGAGGAAGAAGAGAGUAA